AUGGCCGAGUGGGAUGAGCGGCCUGUCAAAACGGGUCAAGAAGCCCCUGCCCGCGGGCACGAUGUGCCCCAGGACCUUGCCAUCAAGCCGUUGCCCUCGAUAAACGCGGUUUACAACAAGAGACCGCUGGCCCAGGCCGCUGCUGGAAUCAACGCUAGUAAGAAGCCGAAAACAGACGAUGCCACAGACUUGGCUACCUCUUCGGCAUCCGGCUCGAGCUCGAAUAACACCGAGCUGCUACGCCCAACGAUAGAAUACGAAGAGCUUCGAGCUUUUGGGGUAAAAGCCAAAUGUGACGAGUUGAACGACGAGGAGUUCAAGGAGCUGCUCAACACCUCGGUCAACGAGGGCAAGUACAACAAGGUCUGCCGUCUGAUCGUGGCCUACUUUCUGCGAAUUUUUAAAGAAUUUCAAGUCACCAGCAAGGUGUCGCUUGAUGCCGGCGCGUUCGCGAACAUAGUCCUUGUUAUUGCGGAGAACUCACAGAAGUUGACGAACCCCUACUUGCCAAAAGUGUGCUUCUGGGCUCUGGCUCAAUCGAAAGGCUGGAGCGUUGAGAAGCAGAAGAUACUCGCCUCGAUCCCUACCAGAUUGGCCAUGCAUCAACAACAGCUCCACAACAUCUAUGCCCAAGCCUUUUUAUCGGAUUGUCUGGGCGACAGAAAUUGGGUUGAUAAGAGCCAUUGUGCUGAACUCGUCUCUCUCAUCCUGAAGCGCUUCAACACGCGCUUCCCGGACGCGGCCGCUUACAAGCUGACAAAUGGAGAAGUUGUAGCGCCGGAUUGGACCCCGGAUACUAAUGUCCCCGACAAAUUCCCGGCAAACGUUGAGGGAAUCGGGGAGGCUGAACGAGAUCGACUGCGCGUACAACAGAAAAAGAAGGCCCAAGAAGCGGGUGGUGACGUUGAUGAAGCUGCAAUAGAAGCCGCUCUACCGCCACUACGUGUCAAUAUUACUGAAGAUGUGCUUACGUACCUUCGUCGUUGGUGGGAGCUGAAGAGCGACACCCCAGCUCGGCCUUUUCUUCGUACAAUGGCGGCGUUUUGCGGCGUCCCGGAAGUACGGCUAGCCGCUGCUCAACGUCUCGACGCUUGGCUACAAAACCCGAAGACGCUUCGUCAGGCUUUUGAGCUUCUACUGCGUGUUGGAGCCAAUAUUGCCGAUGCUACCGAUCCCACCGACAACGAGGUGCUGCGAACGUUGCUCAAGAUGAAGAGCCUGAAGAGCAAGCAGGUGCAGACGGUGUUUCUCGGCUUUCUUGGCGCGCUGUCAAGCAAUGAAGCCAACAUGCGGACGGCGAUCAAUUUGAUAGUUUGGAAUGAGCUGGGGCAGCCGCAUGAGAGAGCCACUCACAACUUGCCCAUCUUGCUGGCAAUAAUCUCGCUGAACAAUGCAAGUUAUAAGGAAGCCCGCAUCCUCUUCGACAAGCCGGAAAUGCUCCGCGCCCUCUCACUGUUCCUCCGCGAAUUUGCCAGGUCCCACCUCCGCAACGAGUUCAGCUUCCCGCCCUUCCUGGAGGCGUUUCUGCAGGGUUAUGCCGAUAGAAUGGAGUCUGGAGAGGCUUUUGAGCAACAGCAAAUCCUCACCUCGACUAUCCCAUUCUGCAGUAACGUCGUUUGGACGGCCAUGUCGCAGCAGGUGCGCGAGGAAUUUUCGAAACGUCGUCAGGGCGCCAUUUUCAACCAGCUGCUGUACAAUCGUUUUUCUGCCGAGCUGAACGCGUACUUUAUGCAUGGAUUGGUAUGGCUCGAACGCUACAAGCUGGCCAUUGGGACGGCGGAGGAGGAGAAGAAGCUCUAUGUGUCGGCCAUGUAUCAGAUCCUAUUCUUGGAUAAGGGCGUUCAUCUCCUCAAAACCGAUGGCGGCCCGAGCGAGUCCGACUGGACGCCGUGCUACAAGAUAAUCUCCGAAGUGCACCCUACGGCGCCGUUGCUGAUCAAGCUGAUGCUCGACGACAACGUGGACUCGAUAGACCGGCUGGAGAUGGUGACCCUGAUGACGAUGCGGCUGGUCAAGUACUUCACCAAUGCCGAUAAAAUGAUCGCCUUCAUCGACGAGACGAGCGAGUUCCUGAUCGACCUAAUGUUCGGGCUGGCGCGCUACACAUCAAGGCACAGCUUGGCGGAUGAGUCGAAAGAUCUGUACACGGCAGAUCUGUACUGGAAAGUGUACGCUGUCAUCAGGCUUCUGAUCCUGAUGGCGCUGACUGAGGACUUCAAAUUCCCUCAAUUCGCCCUCGACAAAAUCUUCGCCGGCGAGCCCGAUCUUCGGAAGACGGGUGAUGAAUUGGCCCUCUCCGUCGAGCGCAAGAGCACCGGCCGCCUCAACUUGACGCUGGAGAACAGCCAGCUGGCCCCGCUGCUCAUCUACGCGCCCCAUGGCGACACGCCCCGCACCCCACCUGAAGACUGGAUCCACUCGCUGGCCAUCCUGUGCAGCUCGCACAACAUCGGCAUCCAGUUGGCGAACAUCCGGGAGCCGGAGCUGCUGCAGGAGCUGAUCAACGAGUGCGGCACGGACAGUGCGAUGUUUGCGAUUUCGAACGCGCUCAGCAAUGACGUGAACGCCGUGACGACGCUGCCGAUCGCCUCCUCUGCGACCGAGGAAGUCGAGCGAAACAACAUGAUUUUCGAUCGACUGACCGAGAGCCUCACUUCGGGCAAUGAACUUCUAUUGCUACUCCUCGGCAAGUUGGCCACCCACGAGUCGACGCGGCGCACGCCCGUGAUCCAGAUCCUGAAUCGAAUAUACUGCGCAGAACAGGCGAAGUGGGCCGACCCUGCACCACACUUUCUGGCGGCCGUUGGCGCCGACCCCUACUUCAAGAAGGACAGGGUCCAAAUUUGCGGCCUGCUCGCCAAAGCGUGCAAAUUCGAAAACAGCCCGUUGUACGCGCUCGUCUACCUGCAGCUCCUCUCCGAACGAUUGGAGCUUGGCGACGACUUGGCGGAGUUAGCAAGGGAUCUAGCGUCAAUGCCCUACAUCCAGGAGCCGGAGCUGAGGCCGCCGUUGCUCGACUUCUUCAACACGUACAACAAGUUUGUGGUCAGCAACGGCUUGAAGGAGGCCAAGCCGUCCACCUAUCACAUCAAGCUCAAGAAAGGAGAGCUCUUGGCGGACCCUGAAGUCGUGGCCGCCCAGCUUGAACUUCUCUGCACAACUUCAGGCACUGAGGGCUCGGCGGCGCGAAGCGAGAUGAUGGAUAUUUGGUUUCCAAAGGGAAAUGCCAAGCUGACGGUGACCUGCAACGGCGAGCCGGUCAACGUCCUGGCGGACAACAUCGUCGCCCAAAUGCUAUGCACCGACGACGAGCGGAUUGUGAAUGUAGCCCUUGCGGGUCUGACGCCCGAGACGGCGCUGACCUUGCUGCAACGCUUCGGUCUGGCGCUGCACUGCGCCUCCCGGCUGCUGACCAUGCUCGACAAACUCGACCAGAAUAAAGUCGAACAACGCGCAGUCGUCAGCGCCCUUCCGUUCGCGAUCGGCUACCGCCAUCGGGGCGCCACGGGUGGAGCCGAUUUUGUCGAAGAAGCUCAGCGACGACAGACCGCGACAAAGGAGGGACUCGAUGGAUCUACUGACGCUGGAGCCGUUGCCGGAGAUGUUGGCCAUGCCCGUCCCAAAGGCCCCGAAGUAACGCCGAAGGAGUUGACGGCCAGGCUGAAGUCGGCGAUAUCCAAAAAUAGUGAGCUGGAAAUCGGCAUCGACGAUGUCAUCUGCAUGUGCAAGUGCGAGAGC